UGCUUCUUCUUCUUCAGUGCAUCAUUUGCUUUUGAUUUUUGGUUCUUGCUUCCUGGGUUGUUCAUUUGUUGAAGUUUAGAGAUUUAUUUUGUUGAAAUUUGUUGAUUGUCUGUUAUUUGUUUGGAUUCAUUUGUUGAUGGUUUUUGGUUCACUCUUCCCUUUCCCCUCUGAUUGUGAUUGCACAACAAAAAUUAAUAGGGAAAAAUAAAAUUUAAAACUUUAGCUACCCAGGAAUUAAAGCUCUGAGAGAUGACAGAUGCCCAGUGCAUUGUUCAUAUGAAGUAUAUAUUGGAUAUUUGGACCAGCCCAUCAGUAUGUUACCAGAUAAUUUCAAGAAAUUAUGAACAUAUGAAACUUUAUAAUAAUUUCACAAAAUAUCAAGUCCAUCUAUACAUAUAUGCUUCAUGUGAACAGGCAAAAUCUCUAAAUUUUAUGGUAAUGUACAGAUUUGUUCAUAUGUUUGGUGGAAUGCUUCCAGUGAAAUGGUUCUCUCUCCAGUCCAAAAUCUCCAAACUCCUGAAAUUGCCCAAAUCUACCAAGAAAAACAUGCUAAUAAAAUUUUGGAAAUGUACUUGUGAAUAGGAAUAGAAAUUUGAUAGAAUAAUUUUUUUAACAAGGAAUGGGCAGAGUUCCAUUCAGGGUCAUUGAAUUGCAGACUAAGUACUUCAAGUUGCUAAGUUCAGCAAGAUUUAAACCAAAUUAGGUUAAUUCAAAUCUUAUUAAACUCAAUUUUCUUAGCAACUAAGCAUAAAAAAAAAAAAAAGAGGAAAUUAAAUUUGCAAAUGCACGUACCUAGCUCAGAUGGUUGACCUGCCAUAGAAUUACUGUGAGGGCCGAGAAUUUACCCAAAACCUUUAAAACUUGUUUAUCCAGCAAGUUGCUGUAUAGAUGCUCUAGCUUGUUCAGUUUGGAAAAGCUUUUGGAAUCUGAAUAUCUUGGAGCAGUCAUCUUCAGGGUCUAAGAAUUAUAUUCAAUCAUAGAAAUGUAGAUGAAAAUUGGGUUAAGUCUCUUAUACUUAACUAUUGAAGGUAUUAUUCCUCUGCACAUGGUGUUUUUGAAUUUUCUUCAUGAUUAUACGUUAGACAUACAACAAAUUAAAUAAGAAACAAAUAUACCUUUUUUGACUCGGAACUCAACAAUUGCAUUAUAGGACAAAUUAUAGCUUAUAAGCUCGUUAUUAAAGGGCUAAAACAGAGAAAUUGUUAAGCUACCAAAUGCUCGUAUCUUCAUAAUAACCAUCAGAAGAUAUUUGUCUUGUAUUAUUUAGCAAUCACUGCUUCUAUCAUGAAUCCAUGAAGGCAGAAGCACGAAUGUAUAGCAUCAGAUCGUGGAAUGGCAAGAAUAAGAGGUUGUCAGUCUCAAACAGAGUAGUGGAGUGGCGGAGAUAUACUUGGAGUGAUUAUGAGCCUCUAGGAAAAUUCAAGAAAUUCUCAUGGAAUAGGAGGAGGAAAACCGGCAAUGACGGAGCAACUAUCUCACGCUAUUAUAAGGACUCCACAUCUCGGUAUCGUCAUCAUCAACAAACGGAGCACUUCAUUGAGCUUAAGGAAAAUGCAACACAGCAACAAGAGGAGGGGUGUAGUGAGGCUACGCAGCCAGAUGAUGUGCAGCUGGAGGCAAUCAGUGGGAAGAAAGAAAGAAUAGUACACGGAGUGGGUUCUCAGACAUCUGCUUUUAAAUCGUCAUCAUCUGCUACUUCUUAUUCUUUAACGUCAAAACCGACAUUUAAGCAUGAUGAGUAUGAGCAGAGAAAGCAACAACUAGAAGAGAAGAUAGAGGAGCUCACUCAAAGUUAUGAGCAGAGUGCCAAAGAGAUUCUGGAGAUGAGGGAUUUGCUGCGUCGCGUUAUCGCUCAGAGUCCGUCAUCCCAAACUGCUGCUCCAACAGGUAAUAUUGGUUCUUCUACUUAGCCUUCAGAGAAUCUCCAUGGAGAUGACAAGAAUAACAAUGAAAUUAAAGAUUUGAAAUUUCCUAGAUAUUUUUUAUGGCUGUCUAAUAUUUAUUUUGUUUGAUUUGGCUA